UUCAAAAUGGAUAUAACCGGAACGUUGUACUCCUGACGAUGCAAGAUUCCUGUGCGAAGUUCAAGGCUUGGGGUACUUCCAUCGCCGCGUUCCGAAACGUGCAUGUUCCAACUUCUCUCGAUUUCCGUCUCAGAGACGCCCUUGAGAUUCGCAGCACGCUUUUGGGGGUAUUGGAAUAUCUUGGAGAAUAUCUAGACGAUGCAUAUGAGAUCAUGUUAGGAAACAGUCCCAACCAAGCCGAUGACGAGUCCAUUAGCAGCGAUUCGGAGAAUGAACCAGAACAAAACGCUAGCAGUAAGGCUCUAAACCCAGCUCAAGAAACCUCGUACCUUCAAGAACUAUGCAUGGCUAUCAGUAAUUCGAACGCGAGUCUGAUGAAACUUUCCAUACUCAUCCGAAAAUCAUCAAAUCGCGAUGACUAUCUCAAAGCAGCGUCUCGGUACAGCACUUGGAAUUCAAGUCCGUUCAUCAGCCACGUUAGAGAGAAGUACGGAUCGGCGAAAGGAAGCAAGGAGUGGUUAGUCGAACGACUAGGGAAAGCUAUCAUGAGACGACGUCAAUUCUUGACGUAUAGAGAAGAACAUCAUGGGAAGCUGACCGGCGAUUGGGGAGAAGACCUAGAUCAAGUUAUCGAAGAAAAAGGACCAGACACACCGAAGCUAGCAAAGACAGUUGCGUCAACAAAGGCGACCACUUUCAUUGUUGAUGGUAACUUUUCCAAAACGGAAGUUUCGGAAAAUGAAGCUUCGGACGUUAUGGGGGCUUCAUUUGGGUCGCAGACCUCUUACGAAGCUACGGAAUUCGAGGGGGAUGGCACUGCCCCUACUAAACUUACAGUUCCCCCGCCUCCAAAAUGGGCAUUUCCGGAUGUUCCUUUUGAAUACGGGGAGCCUUUCCAAUGCCCGUAUUGCUAUACAGAACAAGAAGUAAAUAAUAAGGCGGCAUGGAAGAAACAUAUAUUCAGAGAUCUCAAGCCAUAUGUGUGUACUUUCGCCGAAUGUGCAAUGAGGAUGUAUCGUAGCAGAAACGAGUGGUUCGCUCACGAAAUGCAAUGCCAUAGGCGACAGUGGGUUUGCCAACACUGUCAGCACGCCGCAUUUGCUUCUGCAUCUGAAUUUUCUUGCCAUUUAGAAGUAACACACUCUAAAGUGUUAGAAAACACUCAUCUCAAGGCCUUGAUACUACAAAGCGAAGAACCUGUUGGCAAAAUCAGGUCAAGCGCUUGUCCGCUUUGCGACGAAUGGGAGGUAGACCUAAACAACCUAAACAACCUAAACCAGGACGCAAAGAGACAGCAUUUACGUGGAGGGAAAGUUGUGGAACCAUAUGGGACCAUUAAGCAAUUUCGGAGACAUCUUGGACGACACAUGGAACAGCUAGCUCUGUUCGCUUUGCCAAUUAAAGAAAGCGAUGACUUAGAAGGUGACAGCGAUGACCGAGAAGAUGACAGCGAAGACGAGGCAGAUGGUCAUGGCCCCGAAUCUUUUCACGGCGGAAGGGUAGUGCCCUAUUUCUGCGACUAUCAGAAUUGCAAUGACAGGGAAGGCUUUGAUCGGAAAGAUCACUGCCUCGAGCACUAUCGAGAGUACCACAGCGAAGACCUCGUGAAGGAUCAGUGGAGGAAUCUCGGCCUGUUGCUCCAAAAGAGGGAUAUCAUGUCGGUCUGGUGGAGAUGCUCGAGAUGCUUAAAGAAGAAUCAAGCAGAGAGCGGGUGGAAGUGUGGCGGUUGCAGCCAGAUGUGCGAGAAAGUGAGGAUUAUAGCAAGGGAGACGACCUUAUCACCUGUGGAGUCGGAACUGAAGGCUAGACUGUUGAAAUUACGGGCUGACAUGUCGAAAAAGGAGGCUGAGGCUGCAGAGUCCAAAGAGGAAGCUAAACCGUUAACAUCUGCGACAUCGGAAAAAGUUAUAGAAAAGAUGGAAGCUAUUAUGUUGCACUACCGCACUGCGAUCAAGCCAGCUUGUGAUCGAUUUAUCUUCGCACCACAAGCAACAGACAUUAAAAAGAUGGAUCUUGGGCACAAGAUGCUAUCUGAGAGACUAAUGAAUGAAGCGCUUAUGAAAAUUGAUGGCAUAGAGACCGAGGGAGACAGUGAAGUACGGCAGAGGAGGAAAUCCUUCGUUCUGGAGCUGGAUAUUGCUUUGAAUCAGUUGGAUGAAGCAAUGCUGAUACGGAAUGGUUCGAUUAAAGAGGUUUCAAGAGAUGGACAGGAGGGCGGGGAUAACUCAUCGAGUUUGAAUCGCGGCAAGCCGACCACUGAGAAUAAGGAGGGGGCCUUCAGCUUCGGGUCCGACGAUGAGGAGACCAAAGCUCCGGAGCUGGAGCAUAGGAGUUUGCAAGACAAAUGGAUCAAGCUCCCCAGGGAUAGGAAUAAGAAGCUUGGCGCUGUGUCCUCGUCCGAUGAUCCCCCCGCCGAAGAGUCUGUGGUCGUCCUGGAAUCGGAACCGGUACCAGAACCGGUACCAGAACCGGUACCAGAACCGGAACCAAAGCCUCUUGAAGAGGACAGCUGGGGUGGCCCCUGGGGCUCGGCUACGAAGAAAAAGGGGAAGAAGGGGAAGAAGAGAAAUUAUCCUUCUGAACAGGGCGAAACUGCAAAAACGUCAGAACACCAGCACAGCCUCAACUCGCCUUCUAGUGCUCAAGCCGAUGACAGUUCCAUAAUAGACAAAACUGAGGACGAUAAGCAUCAGGGGCGAUAUUCGAUAGACCGAUAUGUGAAAGACCCAGAUUCCAAGGAAGCUAUAGAGCCGGCAGCGGAAUCACCAGCAAAGGAAGUGCAGAUUCCCCAGGAGACAGACUCGUUAGACCGAGAUUUCAAAGAAGCUGUAGAGCCAGCAGCGGAGUCAUCAGCCACGGAAGUGCAGAUGCCUCAGGAGCCACCCAUUUUACCCCUACGACCUCGAACCCCAACCACCUCGAGGGCUUGGAUAUGCAAAGGUUGCGACACAGUCAACCGAUCUACAAAUAACUGCGCCGCGUGCAGGUACCACAAAACUCAAAGAUGGGUCAAGAUGAUCUUCUGUAAUAACUGUGGUGAUGGGCCGUAUCGGGCUAAUAACAACAUUAGCUGCGCACAGUGUUCCCAGUUUUUCGAUCAGAACUGUCAGAUCAAGUGGGUGCCAGCAAAGUAGGUCGCAAGCGAAAAGGCGGGUUGAAGAAGAGAGGAAGGGCGUAUUAAAACAUCUCAGAGAGAGUAGAAGAACCAAGAAAACCCUGUCAUAAACCCCAUUUGGUUUAUAGAUGAACUAGGGCGGAAGUUCAGCUUCCCUUUUACCUAGGAAGUGACUUCAUUAUAUGAAGGAUUAUUGAUUAAAUUAGCUAGGUAACUAUUGCUGGUUGCGUUUGAACUCUUCCCAAUUAGUUUCCUAGAGUUUACUGGUGCUGCCUGAAUGUCAAGUCAAAUAUAAAAUAAUAGCCC